AUGGGUUCAACGCUUUCUAUACUUAGCCCUUCAAUCCGGGCUCCCAAGGUGCAUGGGAGUGCAAUGCCACCCGAUGGUCAUCAUACCAUUCUGCAAGAAAUUAUCCCACCGGCCAAGCGGAGGAGAACUGAGAUUUCAACAGAUGAGGACAAUAAUUAUUGUCGGCAGCCUCUGGGGCAAGUCAGUAACGAGAGCAGGACAUAUCCCAAGGCUCUCCAUCGAUCAAACGGAAUCGAUCCUGUGAACUUCUAUGGCAAGCCGAUAGUGGUUGGAUCAAAAAAAGUGGACGCUAAAACCCAUGUACGCAAAGUGUACACAGGGACUCCUGCUCAAAGACCAGUACCCAGUCAUCUUACCAAUUUUGAGCGGGCGCUGAAAAUCGAUCUUUUGGGCAUCAUAAGCUCCGAAGAGGCUGACAGUCGUGAGUCCCUGGACUCUAUAAUAUCAAAUAAUCCUGUUGAUAUUGAAUGCGAUUGUUAUGUCUCCAUAUUUUGGCGCAAUGAAGGCAGGGACUUUGAUCUCAAGUGCCGGCAUGUUCAUCGAUACACGUUGCGUCUUGCUAUUGACAGAGAUGGAAAAAUUGAGAGGCAGUUCCUGGGACCGGAAGAUAGGCCGUUUGUCUUCUCAACUAAAGACUUUUACGUCAAUCGAAAACUAGGAAGCAGCAGAAACAAGGGCAUCCAGGGAUAUGGAAAGUAUCUAGAGACCACGCCUGAUUUUGCAGAUAGCUACAGGCUCCAGAUCAAUAUUGAACCUGUCGGUUUCAAUAAGUACUGGCCAGGGCUCGAUCUGCAACCUUCCCUUGAUGGAGUAGCGACAGAGACUAGUCUUUACAGCAACACAGCAAGUAUAUUUGGAGUCUUUGACCAGUCCCGAGCUCUACCACUUACUUCAACUCUGCUCGGUGAGAAAAAGAGGACCAGCUAUGAACUACAGCUAGACAUUUCAUGGUCACAGGCAAAUACACUAGCCAGUCAUAAAGCGAUCGAAUCGCAGAAGGUAUCACCCAAGCGAGAGGAGACUAUCACCGCUGUCCCAGAAGACGGCUUUACGACUCCAUCAAGAAAACGAAAAUUCGAGCAGACUACCACGCCAGAUAGCCCUAAUGUUCGUUCUCAACGGCACCGCCCAGAAGUGGCAACAUACAACCUGAAAACGCUAAGUGCUCAGGCUCAAGGACGUUCACCAAGAAAACAACAAACAAAAACACAUCCGAAGGAUGGCUCGGAGCAAGAAAACAGGGAUGGAUUGACAGUUUCUUAUAAUUUUGGGAAGGCCGACGCUGCCGACGCCCAGGUUCGACCUUGUAACGUCGUUUUUGGGCUUAGUUGUCCUUUCUGUGCUUGCUCAAACCAAAACCUCCAGCAGCUGAGAUUACAUUUGUGUAAUGAGCAUAGCAAAUUCAAAUUCUCUUUGCGUCGUUCAAAUCCGCUACGGAUCAGUUUCUUCGUAGAACUGGUCUCCAACUAUACAACCUCGCACGGUGAAUCACAAAAAGGCAUUCAGCUCGGGAAACCAUUGACCCUCUUUGAUUUGGAGAAAUAUCUCAGUGGUGACAAAACUUGGGUGAAAAGCCGACAAGGUCCACAACACAACUUAAGAGCUCACGAGUCGAGUAACAAAAUCAUUGAAGCUUCAUCUUCUUCAUCAUCAGGCGAUUCCCUGAGGUCUUCGCCGGACACCUCCCAUUAUUCAGACGGGCAAACAAUUUUGGAGCCGAUAAAGAUGACCAUUACAUCACGAAAGGCAGUAAAGGUUCCUAAGACCCGAAAACCUUUAUUUCACACGAUCACAAAGAAGGCUCUGCGACCAGGGGAUGACCUUUCGAGCAGUGAUGAGGAGAAAGAUGAAGCCUGGCUUGAACAUAAACAUCGCGAUAUCAUCUAUGACUUCAGCGAUAUUGGAUUUGAAGAAAAGGAGUACAUAAACCGCUGGAAUCCCUUUAUCACCCAGAAGCAAUAUAGUACUCGUACAUAUCUACCACAAGCUAUCGCGGAAUUCAUGGAGAAGCACAAAACAUGGUUAGUUGAGAAAGACUCGAGAAAAGCCGAGUUUGUCAAGCAAUGCGAGACAUUCAUCCUCCGAGGUGACAUUACUGAAGGUCACCUCGAUGAACUUCUAGCUAGGUUGAAGGUGGAAAAAAACAGACUUGCCACGAAAAUGGAUAUCGACAUUGAUGAUGAGCUGCCACCAAAACCUCGAGGUGAAUUGGAUUGCGUUUGUGGACAGCGUGUAGCUCUUGCUGCUAGUGGUGUGCCAUGCCGGGGCAAAGCUACUAAUAAUUGUCCCGGGCGUUUCUAUCACCGCCAGUGCGCUGCGAAAUCUGGCCGCGAAAUAAGAAAGAAGUGGUUAUGUGACCAUUGUUUUGAUAUUGAAUCUGUGACUGUAUCAUAA